GUUAAGGGAAGGUAAAAUCGUCUGCUCGGAAUGGAAUGCACCGAUCUUUGAAUGUCAAGUCAGAUCAGAAUGAGGGUUGAGGAGAAAAGUAUUAAAUUUUGAGGCACCUGUUAGAUUAAGUAAAAUUCUUAGAGCAACCAAACAAAAGAAACGAAACAAGGAAUUCGGAUUUUUUUUUUAAUAUUAAAAAAAAGAAAUUUUCGUAGCGUUAAGCCAAACGAUUUUUUUUUCUCCUUUUCGUGAAAAAUUCUUACUUUGUAUUCUUAUUUUGAUUGGUUAGAAAAUUAUUCUUUUCGUUGAUUUUCGUACGAGCUGAAAAUCUCAAGUUAUUUAUGCCGAAGCGGUGGAGUUUUCUGUUUGACCUGCGACACCUGUUCAAGUGCAACCACACAAAAAUGAUUGAAAUCCUCGAAAAGGUUGCGGGCUCUGCAGGCCGAGGCGGCCAGCAGGUCGUGUGAUCGCGAGGAUGAGCCGAAGCUGAGCGGGAUGGUCAAGAAGAGAGGGCAGCAAGCGGAAGGGGCGAAGGGCCCCUCCUCCCUCUUCCUCCUCUCGGACGACAACCUCAUCAGGAGGUACACCAAGUUCAUCAUCGAGUGGCCUCCAUUUGAGUAUGCGGUAUUACUGACCAUCAUAGCAAAUUGUGUGGUUUUGGCCUUAGAAGAACAUUUGCCCAGGCAAGACAGAACUCCACUGGCACAAAAGCUUGAGACAACAGAGCCAUACUUUUUAGGAAUUUUCUGCUCUGAAACUUUAUUAAAAAUAUUAGCUUUAGGUUUUAUACUUCAUAAAGGGGCUUAUUUAAGAAAUAUUUGGAACAUUAUGGAUUUUGUUGUUGUAGUUACAGGGUGUAUAACAUUCAUUGUACCCCAAGACUUAGAUGUAGACUUGAGAACGUUGAGAGCUAUUAGAGUUUUGAGGCCUCUGAAGCUAGUAUCUGGUAUACCAAGUCUUCAGGUAGUUCUCAAGUCUAUCAUCAAGGCAAUGGCACCUCUACUCCAAAUCGGCCUCUUGGUGCUUUUUGCCAUUGUAAUAUUUGCUAUUAUAGGCCUUGAAUUUUACAGUGGUGCUCUUCAUAAAACUUGUUUCAGCAUAGUGGAUAGAUAUGAAAUUGUUACCGAGGGGGACCAAACCACCCCUUGUUACAUGACUCAUGACCCCGAGAAAAUCCCGAGUGGGGCUUACACUUGUGAUCCAAAUGAAGCACAAUGCGAUGAGGGUUGGAUAGGACCCAAUUUCGGCAUCACUAGCUUUGAUAAUAUUUUUUUUGCCAUGUUGACAGUUUUUCAGUGCAUCACCAUGGAAGGCUGGACGGCCAUUUUAUACUGGACUAACGAUGCGCUUGGAAGUAACUUCAACUGGAUCUAUUUUGUACCUCUUAUUAUUCUGGGAUCGUUUUUUAUGCUCAACUUAGUUCUCGGUGUUCUUAGUGGUGAGUUUGCAAAAGAGAGGGAAAGAGUGGAAAAUAGACAAACUUUUUUAAAAAUUAGAAGGCAGCAACAGUUAGAAAAAGAGCUGAAUGGUUAUGUAGAGUGGAUAUGCAAAGCAGAGGAAGUUAUUUUAGCUGAAGAAAGAACAACACUAGAAGAGAAACUUCAUAUAAUUGAAGCACGCAAAAGAACUGCCAAAAGGAAGAAGAUGAAAAACAUGCACAAUAAGAGUACGGAUGAAGAAGAGGACGAGGACGACGGUAGCAAAGACAGUGAUCCUGUUGCUAAAAAGGGAAAGUUAAAGGGUUUGGCUAGGGCUUCCUAUUUCAAAGCCAAAAUAAAGAACAAAGGAGCGUGUGUAGCCUUUUGGCGAGUAGAAAAGAGAGUAAGGUUUUAUAUUCGUCAUACUGUAAAAACCCAAGCCUUUUACUGGUUUGUGAUAGUCUUAGUGUUUUUAAAUACUGUAUGCGUAGCAGCUAAUCACUAUGGCCAGCCUGAUUGGCUGUCAGAUUUUUUAUACUAUGCAGAAUUUGUAUUUUUGGGACUUUUCAUCUGUGAAAUGUUAUUUAAAGUUUAUGCCCUCGGGCCUCGCCUAUACUUCGAAUCUGCCUUCAACAGAUUUGACUGCGUUGUUAUAUGUGGAAGUAUAUUUGAAGUCAUUUGGUCCAGUUAUCGGGAAGGGUCGUUCGGUCUUUCAGUGCUCAGAGCGUUAAGACUUCUCAGGAUCUUUAAAGUCACCAAGUACUGGGCUUCUUUACGCAAUCUCGUUAUCUCCCUUCUGAGCAGCAUGCGUUCCAUUCUCAGUCUGUUGUUCCUUCUCUUCCUUUUCAUCUUGAUAUUUGCACUUUUAGGAAUGCAACUGUUUGGAGGAGCAUUUAAUUUUGAAAAUGGGACUCCUCCCGAGAAUUUUAAUUCUUUUCCUAUUGCCUUGCUCACUGUGUUUCAAAUAUUAACUGGAGAAGAUUGGAAUGAAGUUAUGUACAGUGGUAUUGAGUCUCAAGGUGGAAUUCACGGCGGAAUGAUAUAUAGUUUAUAUUUUAUAAUUCUAGUGUUGUUUGGUAAUUAUACUCUGUUAAAUGUAUUUUUGGCCAUUGCUGUAGAUAAUUUAGCAAAUGCUCAGGAGCUCACUCUUGCACAAGAAGAAGCGGACGCCGAGAAAGAGAGAGCCCUUCAAGAAGAGAAGGAAAAAGAAAUGCAAAACCUUCAACCCCCAGAAGUAAAUAUAUGUCCCCCUUCCCCUCAAGUGAAUUUAGGCGACGCAACUAACGGGGCCAAAGACAAAGCACUAUUAGGAGACAAGCAAGAAGAUAAGAAGGAAUCCACGGAUCUAUCUGACGAUGAUGAAGAUAGGGGUCAAGACAAGGACGCCAUGGACGAUGAUAUCACAGGCCCCAGACCAAUGCUUCCAUAUUCAUCAAUGUUUAUUUUUUCUCCAACUAAUCCCAUCCGAUGUGCAGCUCAUUAUGUUGUGAAUAUGCGGUAUUUCGACCUCUUCAUUAUGAUCAUCAUCUCAUUGAGUAGCAUUUCAUUAGCGGCAGAAGAUCCGGUUUUCGAAGAUUCAUACAGUAAUAAAAUCCUCAAUUAUUUUGAUUAUGCUUUCACUGGUGUCUUCACUGUUGAGAUGGUUCUAAAGGUUGUGGAUCAAGGUAUUAUCUUCCAUCCAGGUUCUUAUUGUCGAGAUCCAUGGAAUAUUUUGGAUGCUAUAGUUGUGAUAUGCGCUUUAGUGGCCUUCGCCUUUGCUGGAAGCAGUACGGGGCAAAAUCUCAGUACCAUCAAGUCUCUAAGAGUACUGCGAGUGCUGCGGCCGCUCAAGACUAUUAAAAGAGUGCCUAAAUUGAAGGCUGUAUUUGAUUGUGUAGUGACAUCCUUAAAAAAUGUUGUCAACAUACUCAUCGUGUACAUCCUUUUUCAAUUCAUCUUCGCUGUUGUUGCUGUUCAGUUAUUCAGCGGAAAGUUUUUUUAUUGCACUGAUGAUUCGAAGCUUCGGCCAGAAGAGUGCGAGGGUGAGUUUCUAGUUUUCCAAGGGGACGAUAAGCCUCCCGAGGUAGACAAGAGGGAAUGGUUGCAUCGGUCAUUUCAUUACGAUAAUGUGAUGGCAGCCAUGCUGACAUUGUUUGCUGUGCAAACGGGCGAGGGUUGGCCAGAGGUUCUUCAAAACUCGAUGGACUCUACGUACGUGGACUACGGUCCUCUACCGAGGUUUCGAAUCGAAAUGGCUAUAUUCUACGUUGUGUUUUUUGUGGUGUUUCCAUUUUUCUUCGUUAAUAUAUUCGUGGCCUUGAUCAUUAUCACCUUUCAAGAGCAAGGAGAGAAAGAGCUUGAAGAGGGGGAUUUAGAUAAAAAUCAGAAAUCAUGCAUAGAUUUUGCCAUACAAGCACGACCACUACAAAGGUUCAUGCCCCAGAACAAAACUAGUGUUCAGUAUAAAAUUUGGAAAAUUGUAGUUUCUACUCCUUUUGAAUAUUUUAUUAUGGUGCUAAUUGUGCUCAAUACAUUACUUUUGAUGAUGAAGUACCACCAUGCCAGUCCUCUGUAUCUAGACAUAUUAAGCUACAUGAACGAGGCAUUUACGGCACUCUUCCUGAUCGAGUGUAUUCUGAAGCUCGUGGCUUUCGGAUGCAAGAACUUCUUUAAGGAUCCGUGGAACACCUUUGAUUUCAUCACAGUCAUUGGGAGCGUGGUAGAUGCUUUAGUAGUGGAAAUUGGGGUUAAUUUUAUCAAUGUGGGGUUUCUCCGUUUGUUUCGUGCUGCUCGCCUUAUUAAACUCCUGCGUCAGGGCUAUACAAUCAGGAUAUUGUUAUGGACCUUCAUUCAGUCAUUCAAGGCCUUACCUUAUGUAUGUCUCCUCAUCGCCAUGUUAUUUUUCAUCUAUGCUAUCAUCGGAAUGCAGGUAUUUGGUAAUAUCGAACUGAACCCUGAAACAGCCAUAAGUCGCCACAAUAACUUCAGAAACUUCUUUCAAGGACUAAUGCUGCUCUUCAGGUGCGCGACGGGGGAGGCCUGGCAAGCCAUCAUGCUGGAUUGCGUCAAAGGGAGGCCCUGCGAUUCCAAGACAAACAAGCAAGGGGACGAGUGUGGCAGCAAUCUGGCCUACUCUUAUUUCGUCAGUUUCAUCUUCUUUUGUUCAUUUCUGAUGCUUAAUUUGUUCGUCGCCGUCAUCAUGGAUAAUUUCGAUUACCUCACACGCGACCCGUCAAUAUUAGGUGCACAUCAUCUGGAUGAAUUCAUUCGAGUCUGGGCAGAAUAUGAUCCGAAUGCAACAGGUUUUAUUCAUUAUACGGAUAUGUAUGACAUGUUGAGGAACAUGGAUCCGCCAUUAGGCUUUGGAAACAAGUGUCCCUCUAGACUAGCUUAUAAGAAAUUAAUAAGAAUGAAUAUGCCUCUCAACGAGGAAAUGAAAGUGAAUUUUAGUACCACCUUGUUUGCAUUAAUCAGAGAAAACUUGAGCAUUAAAAUGCGAGCUGCCGAAGAAAUGGACCAGGCCGAUUCCGAAUUGAGGGAAACUAUAAAGAAGCUCUGGCCGCUUCAAGCCAAAAAGCAACUCAACCGCCUCAUUCCACAAAAUGAAGUCUUAGGUACAGGACAACUGACCGUUGGUAAAAUCUAUGCCGGAUUACUCAUGUACGAAAGCUGGAAACAAACACGAUUUGGUAAACUGGCUGGCAACGCCUUGUCUGAGAAUCCUUCCCAAUCUCCUGAUCCUUCAGAUUCGCCGCGACCGUCCUUGCUGCAGAGGCUGAUGGGGGCCGUGAUGCCAUCACGGCAGGGCAGUUUGAAUUUGGACGAAGACCAGUUCGAAGACGCCGACUCCCACUUGCCACUCUCACGGCAGGGCUCUGUGCACCGCUCCAAUCUCAGUAUCGAUAAGAACCACAAUAAUGAAGAUAAGAAAUGGAACAGAUCCUUCAGCUUUCUUCGUAGAGGAAGCAGCAGAAGGAAGAAAAAAGGCAACGACGUUGCAGAACCAACUUAUACUCAAGGUCGGGACGGCCACCUACAACCAGCUGGCCCACCUGCUCGUACGCCUUCUCCUGCGUUCGGCCGACGAUCGCCGGUGUCUCCCCCUCAUGGCCGCUGUCCUACCCCUAUUCGACGAGCACCCUCCCCUCGCCGCCCCCACCACUGUGACAUCAACUUCACGGAAGCCGCCUCGGGAAUGGUCGAGUUCGUUCACGAGAAACACGAAAACAAAAGAAGAGGAAGAUCCAGAAAUAAGAGGCGGGACUACUCUCCCUCACGAGGACGAUCUCCAGUUCCUAAGCCUUCGUGGCGUCGGGCCCCGACGCAUUCCAGGAGUCGAAGCCACAGCCCUGUCUACCCGAGCGUCCGACUGGACCGACGCUCUCGGACACCAAGCCCUACCCCUUCCACUCCAACUCAGAGUGAAUACUAUGGCACUUCUCAUCUUCACUAUCGCUCUCGAAGUCCAAGCCCUUCCUCUGUACAUAGUUUGCCCCUCGUCCAUCCUAGGCGGGGGCGCCGCCUGCCUCCUACUCCCACCAAGCCUUCGACCCUGAAGCUGGACGUCCUGUCGACGGAUGCCAUCAACUUCCCGGAUGUCUCCCAUUCGCCCACUGUUCCCCAGCCCAGUCGGUCCAGCAUCAACUUCCCAAAACUCAGUGCCUCCCCAACCCACAACCAGCCUUGGAGGGAAAGGACAGCUGGGCCCUCCCUGGUCAAAGAUCACAGGGAGGGUCCGGGCCACGGGACCCAUCUGAAGGCCGUCGAGCCCCUGAGUUUCGAGGCCGCUGCUGCCAUCGGCAGGGGCUCCCGCCAUUUGCCUUCUUCGCCCCUGCCAAACGGAUACAAACCCGGGCAGAGGCAGAGGGAGCCACUGACCAUGGUCGUGAGGACGUCGAAGGGACCAUCACGACACCACGACCCGCACGAAGACGACUGGUGCUAGCAGCGAACCCACGGCCUUCUUUCUACACAGUGCCAUUAACGAGGGAAAAGGGGGGGGGGGACGACCCACCCUUUUGCUGCUCACAUCAAUAGCCUUCAAAGUGUUGUGUAUCUGUACAGACACGCGCAUAUAUACAUAUAUAUAUAAUGCAUUAUAUAGAAUAUACAUAUACAGGACCACCUCCUGAUACCAGAUACUCAGGCUCGAGAGAGAAAGAGAGAAAGUUGGGAGUUCAUUCACAAAACUUCCAGCAACACUCGAGUGUCUGCUAGAGAGAGGUGGAGGUUUGACUGUAUAUGUAUAUCAUCUAUAAAUAUGACUUCAAAAACAUGUUGCUGUGGCUAAAAGUCAAUUUGUGUUAUACCAAUAUAUAUAUAAAUAUAUAUAUAUAUAUAAAUAUAUAUUCUCUGCACUUAUGGGGGGCGGUCCCCGGUGUAUGAUGGUGAAUAUUUCCUUUUUUAUAUUUUUACUUUGUUGAAUUCUUUUACUUUUUUCUACUACUACUACUACAAGACACUGAUAUGAACGGGGGAGAUUCCACUGGGUGUGUCAAGUCUCCUCACUUAAAUCUUUCAGGUUAUGCUGUGAUAGAUCAUUGUACCCUAUUUAAUGUUCCCUUAGCAUCUACACAGAAGUCAAAGAGGAAACCUUUCUCCCCCUCCCCCUCUUUUUCUCGCAGUGGAAGAGAUGCCUCUUAACAUAUUCAGAAUUUUUCGACAUUUGAUAGCAGUAGCAUAGUGUAUAUUUACUGUAUUAACUGUGAUAUUAGGUGUUGAAUGUUGGACUGAUCAGUCGAUGUCUGCUGUAUCUCUGGUUCCCAUAUCAUUUGCAGCCAAAUCGCGUCAUCUAUCCCGAUUUCAAACAAAUUCACCAAAAAAAAAAUUGUAUCAAUUUUUUUUAACGAGCGGACGAGUUUUCUCUUUUGUGUAUAAACAAUUCCCCAACCUUAACUCAAUGAUUAUCCAAUUUCCUCAAACAGCAAAUCCGUUUGUAUAUUAUUGCAAGUACCAAUGAACACCGUCUUUUGUACAGAAUACAGUAAUACAGACUUCAUGAACCUCUUCAUUGUCAGCUAAUUUUAUCUCUUUAUUUUAAAACUUUGUUUAAAAAAAUCUAACUUAAAGAUUUAUCUUGAAAAAAAUCAAAUAAAUUAUACUCAAUAGAGUAGUUUUAAGUAAUGCUAGAAAGAAUGAUGCCACAACAGUUAUUUUGUAAAAAUGUCAUAAUAUAUUUUCGACAAACAUUUAAACUACAGAAUUAAAAACACCAAAUUUAAAAUCUCCAAAGCAUCCACAAGAACAUAAUCGAAAAAGUAGCUUUAAAUGAACAUCAGAAACGUAAUUAGACAUGAGGGCGCCACAGCACAUCUUUAAGAUGAGGUCAAUAGAAAGAUAGGAGGGUAGGACUAAAGCAGUGCCAAUGUAUAUAACUGCACUGGCACUGUAACAGGCACCCUUUGAACCGGGGACCUUAGUUAAUCACUGCUUCUCACCUACAUUACUGGAAAUCUGAAGAUCUCCAUUGAAAAGCCGUUAAACUUGGCUAUCAAUUCGUAUUCCAGGCGAACUGUUUGAAGCAAAAUAGAAAACUCGUCUACUGAAAAGCAAACACAUUAAAUAUGAAACAGCAAAUGGAUUUCUAACAAAAUCACAUUAUCCAAUUAAAUGUCCGUGUUCGAUGUUUCAAAAUUAGAUCGCACUUUCUAUUGGCCAGUAUUAAAAGCGUCUAUACCGUCUUUUUUAUGUGAGGCACAUUGUCUUUCGAUUCCCAACCGUUGAAAUUUUUAUAGCACUUUCCAUAGACUACUGUAUUAAGCAACAUGAUGUAUUCCUAUUUAUAUUGAACUAUAUUAGUCAUCGUCAUGAAUUAGACUGAACUUUUCAAUGAUAAAACCAUAUUUGUAAAGUCAUUCCACUUGUCAUUACAAAGGGGCCAAAGUACGGAAGUAAGGUAAAAAAAAACAUCAAAGUUAAAACUAUGCCAAAAAAAUCUGUAGCAAUUAAUUUAAAGAUUUUAUUAAGUUUUUUAAAAAAUAUUUUAUAUCAUAAUGAUAAUGGUUCAAAGCAUUAGUUCAAAAUUUUUCGCAUAUUUAUUAAUAAACAAUAUAUAUACUUGGUUAAACUGUGUUAAUCUCACAAAAGUUUUUUAAAACAGCCAGCUGAAUCCUCUAAAAAUUGACAAAAACUAUUGCAUCAAAAUCUAUUACAUUCUUGUGAGUCGUUUUUUAUACAUGGCCAAACAUUAAUUAAACUACUUACUUUUAAAGGAGGAAAGAGAAUGUGUCUUUAAAUUUCUAACACUAAACAUACCUUUUAAAUUAAACGUUUUUUACCAGUCGUAAACACAUUGAAGUUGUAUUCGUACGUUAGUUAUUGUGUGAGAAUUUGAAAUAUCACCGGUUACUUAUAAACAUAAAAAUGACUUGGAGCACUGGUUACCUGAAGUCCCCAAAAGUGCCUCGUUUAAACGUAGCCCUUAAAAUUAGGAAUUAUAUUUUUUUCGAGAAAAUACGGGAAAUCAAACAUAUCUUACAAUUAAGCUUUGCAAAAAAGUUUGGAGACAAAAAAAAUAUUUUCCUUAAUAAUUUUAGUUUAAUUUCUUUUGAUAAAUACUUUCUCAAAAUCACCAAGAAAACACAAUUUGGUCUUAUUUUUAUAAUUUCUGUUUUAGAUAUUAAUAAUUUGAUUUCAUUUGAAUUUUCUAAACUGAUAAUAAUGUUAAAAUGUCAAUAUACAAUUCAAAAUCUAAAUAUUUUUAAAUACCUAAUUUGGUUUUAAAUUCAAACAUUUGGAAGGGGAAAAAAAAGAACAAUGAAACUGAUCAAUUCAUUUAUGAAUCAUUUAUCAUCCAAUUCAUAUAACUUGCAAAGCGUUAUUUUCAAAUCAAAUACGUAUUAUAAAAUAAAAAAUAAUGUUUUUAACGAAUUCCGUGUCAAAGUCUAAUCAAGCUAAAUAUUAACCGAAUGCAUGAAAGCACUCAAUACUCAACUGUUUGCAAAACCCUUUAGAUAUGUUUGAUAUUCCAGUGCAAACAAAACAUUAAUCAAAUAAAUAGGGACACUGUAACCAGGCUAAGUGCUUUGUAUUUCUUUUCCACUUGCAGAAAACAAAAAUAUUUUAUAUAUUAAAUUACGAAUUUAUUUUCGACAAAAAAAAUUAAUUGCAGCAAAACUGCCAUAUAGUGAUUCAUAAUUCUAAACUCAAAGCAUAUUGAGGAAACUAAUGUUUCAUUUUAAACAUAAGCAUCAAUCAAUAUUAAAGAAUGGGUACAAAAAAUAAUGGAUUUUCAAACAGAUUUUAUUUUUAUUAUUAUUUUAGUGAUAAAAUGCAUUUUCAACCUAGUUGUUUGCUUGUUUAUUUUAAAUGGCAUCAAAAUUGUGCAAAAUGAACAACCAUUAUUGAAAAAAACAUAUAAUUUAAUACAAACCACUGCUUUCCAAAAACCAAAUAUUAUUUAAGGCAAACUUAUUUAUUUUUAAUCUAUAAAUGAUAUAUGUAAAGACAGAAAUGUGAAAUUACUUUCAGUUGAUUUAAAGUGACCAGGCAUCCCAAAUCAACCUACAGAUUUCUGAUUUUUGAGUCUUUGUCCCAUUUUUUGCUCCUAAAUAAAUAUUUCAUAAAAUAAUUUUUCAUUGUUUGUUGUUGUUGUUUUUAACUUUUCUAUCUAAGAAUUCUAAUUCGUUAUUUAUUUUUUUUCUCUUUAUAUUGAAUAGGUCACUUUACUUUGACCAAUGUCAUGAAACUUGAAAAUAAUUAUUAAACCAAAAUACUAUAAUAUUACUGCUUAUUUAUUUCUUAUUCCUUUUUUUUCUUCAAAUUUUUACAAAUGAAUGUUUGGUGAUUUUCUUUUUCUUUCUACUUUGCCCAUUUCCAUAUUAAAUAUUCUUUUCCCCGCUUUCUCAAUCAGCAUUUUAUUCCGGUCACUUCAUUUAAAUCAAAAGACCUUCUAGCUUUUAAUAACAUCAAACUCAGUAAAAAGAAUCCACGUUAUAUCACACAUAUCAAAAAAAUAACAAUAAUCUGCAAACGAAAAAAGUUUUAAAUAUUUUUUUUAAUUUACGGCCUUCUAACCUUAAUUUCAAUCUAUUUCUAUAAAAAUGCCCUGAUUGAAAAUUUAAAACGAGCUAAAAACGAUGUAAUCUCCUGCUCUGGCGCGGUACUCUAGCGGUGUACUUUCAACCUCAUACAAACGACUGCAUUUGAUGAGAGAAUGCUAAACAGAGAUUUUCUCCCUCUCAGAAAAUGCAUUCGUUCGCAUGAAGUCAAAGUUCAGCCACUGACUCGCAAGAGUCGGCGAUUGCAAUUCGAAUUGCGAGUACUUUUCUUUUCGCGCGAGUGUGAGGUCUACAGUAUCACGUUAGCAAUUUAUUUCUUUCCUCACUCGAGCUCCAAUUAGAUGGGUCCAAAGGUAAUAGAUAUUUUUAUAGUAUCUUUUAAAACCAAAAGUGGCCUAGCCUUCUAAGGUAUAUUUUAUUGCUUAUAAAAUGUGAAACUUUUUUGAAAUUAGGUCAUAGAUAUUCGAGUGAUUACACAGUGCCAAGAAUUAUAAAGAAAUAGACUUAGUAUAGGCAGUGAUGUUUUACUCGCUAUUCUUAUAUGAAGUAGCAUAAGAAUUAUGAGAAAGCAUGUUUGGAUAUUCAUAUUAAAUAGAAUACAUUAGAGAGAUUUUGGAUACUCAGAAACAAAGUAACAGAAAAAAAUUAGUAAUAAGCAAAAGAUAAAGAAAAAAAUAACUCCCUCUUUUUCAAAUAGAAGAAAAAUAUUUUAAUUUGUAUUAAAGAAGAAAAAUAUCUCUACAUGAUAUUGUUUAACAUUGUAGAAAAUAUUUACUUAUCUCUCUGCAUUUUUAAAAAGCUAUUAAUAGAUUUAUAUUGAAAUAGAAGCAUACUAAUAAAUGAAUUUUACAAUGCAUUAAAGUUCUUUUAAUACAUAAUUAUAACUAAUUUUCUCCCAAAAUAUUGAAUUUUUAGAUAUGCAAAACAUUUUAAGAAACUAAGAGCACAUCUCGGAUAUUGAAACAGAGAAGAUUUUCAUCAUCAGAUUUUAAUAUUUAACAUGUUACUGACAAUGAUUAAUCUGAAAAAAAUAUUUAAAAAACAAGAAAGUUUUCGAUUUAUCAAUAACUGCCAUACAGUAAUAAGAAAAAGCAACUUUUGUGAAUGUUCAACUUAGAUAAUGAUUGCGCAUAAAGCAAGGCCAUUCACUUUUGCACUAACAGUCUAAAAAAUAUUCACUAUUCAGUGUAUAGCGUGACGUCUUAUAAGCUUCCAUAUAAAAAAAAAAAUUAUACUUGAUGUAAUAAUCUGUCACAUAAUUAGAAAUAACAGUUUCAGUGUUGUAAAUGAUAAUGUACCAAACCUGUUUUUUCGAGUGUACUGUCAAAAUUCUAUUCACAUCCUUUCCUAAACUAAAUCGAUCCUUAAAAAAAGGAAACAAACAUUUAUAUAACCAGUGUCAAUGAAAAACAGUUUUAACUUUUCAAUUUAAAAAAUCUUACAGUUUCAUGGAUAAACUUCCACAAUUUAGGAAAUUUCCCAGUUCUUAAGUUGAAUCAUAAAAACAUUUUUCACAGGUUCAUUCAUUUA